ACCGCCGCUGCCCCGCCAUGGCCAGCGAGACCGAGCCCGGCCGCCGCCGCCGCUGCUGCUGUGCGCUGGACGCGUCCGAUGGCCCUAAGGCCACCGAGCCCCGGGGUGACAGCGACGGCCCCCGCCGGGGCUCGCUCUGCGACCGGCACUGCUCCACCAUCAACAACGUGCAGGGAGACGUGAGCGACCUGGGCUGCCACCUGCACCGGCCCCGCAUCCCCACAGCUGUGUCCCCCCUGUCCUGCUGCCACCAGCACUCAGAGGAGGUCUGUGAGAGCUGCAUGGUCAAAACCACCCUCACGGCUGAGAAUGCUGUGGAGGCCAACAAGCUCUCCAACAACUACAAGUUUGGCUUCAAGAAGUGGAAGAGCCACGUGACAGCACGGCCAUGGGAGGACCGCUCCGAGAUAGUCAAGGAGCUCUACUCCGACCUCAACGUUAUCCGGGGCUCUGGAGGGUCCAUGGUGACGUGUGGGAACAUCCUCUACCUGCUGCUCUUUGGCUGGUGGCUCUGGCUCUUCUAUGGCAUCGUGGCUGCUGUGAUGUUCAUCACCGUUGUGGGGGCUCCUUAUGGGCAGCUCUGCUGGGACCUGGCUGGGUAUUUCCUCUGGCCCUUUGGCAAAGUGAUCCAGAAAGUGGAGGCCCCCAAGUCCCACCGGGCGUAUGAAGCUGGCGCAGAGGAGAGCUCACCCCUGCUCGGUGGCCCCGUGCCCCACCGCUGGCACCCAUGGUGCUGGGGGGACACUGGAUACUGGCAGCGCGCAGGCACCGCAGCGUGGCUGUGCCUGGGUUACCCGGUGCUGGUGGUGGCCCAUGGGCUGGUGAGCGUCGCCGCGUGGCUCCUCGUGUUCCUCAUCCCCGUGGCCAAGCUGAGUGCCCGCACCGCUGCCUGCGUCCUGCUGCUGCCCCCGGAGCGGGUGCUUGUCCGGCGCCUCCGCAUGACGGAGGCCCCGCUGGAAGGGGAGGUGAUUCUGUGCUGCUACAGCGCGGUCAACCCCUACUACUACAAAUAUGCAGUGGAUGGCAUCAAUGUGUUUGCUGUCAACCUGCUGCCACUGGUGCUGGUCACACUGGUGCUGGGUUACGUGGACAGUCACAACCGCCUGACCAGCUCCUCCGUCAAGUUCACAUUGGCCUUGCUCUCCAUCAUGCCUCUCUCCUACUACAUUGGGAUGGCCAUCGCCAGCAUCUCGGCCCAGAGCACCUUCGCGGUGGGAGCGGUGGUGAAUGCCACGUUCGGCUCCAUCACGGAGCUCACCUUCUACAUCACUGCCCUCAUCAAGGGCUCUCGCGAGGGCAACCGCUGCUACACCGAGAUCGUCAAGUCCGCGCUGACGGGGACGCUGGUCGGCUGCGUCCUCUUCGUCCCGGGCCUGUGCAUGGUGAUCGGGGGCAUCCGGCACCAGGAGCAGCGGUUCAACAGCCGCUCAGCGGGUGUCAGCUCAGCCCUGCUCUUCCUCUCUGUGGGAGGUGUCUUUGCCCCGACGCUCUUCUCCAAGGUCUAUGGGAAGCUGGUCUGUGGGGAGUGCCACAACGUCACCCAGAACCCACUGGGGCACUACCUGUGCCACAACUGCCACUUUGACCUGAUGGAUAACAACGGCACCCUCUACUACAGCCACGUCCAACCCCUGGUGUACACCGUGUCCCUACUGCUCCCCGCUGCCUACCUCAUCGGCCUCUUCUUCACCCUGAAAACUCACUCUCACAUCUACGACAUCCACAUCAGCGACUGUCACAUGCCUGGCCACCACCACAGCGCUGUGGUGCACUGGUCCCGCUGGCGGGCCCUGGUCAUCCUCCUGGUCUCCACCCUCUGCAUGUCGGCCUGUGCUGACCUGGCCACAGAGCACAUCAGCCCCAUCCUCACCAACUCCACCAUCUCGCAGUACUUCAUCGGUGUCACGGUGCUGGCAAUGGUGCCUGAGCUGCCAGAGAUUGUCAAUGGCAUCCAGUUUGCUCUGCAGAACAACCUGAGCCUGAGCAUUGAGAUUGGGAACUGCAUUGCUGUCCAGGUCUGCAUGCUCCAGAUCCCCAUCCUGGUGCUCUUCACCAUCUUCUAUCCCACCAACUUCACACUUGUCUUCAGCGACCUCCAUGUCUAUGCCAGCAUGUUCAGCGUGGUGCUCAUGAACUACAUCUUCAUGGAUGGCAAAUGCGACUACUUCCAAGGCACAGUGCUGGUGAUGGUUUACUUCAUCCUCCUGGCUGUGUAUUUCUUCGCCCCAUCGCCCAGUGGUUGCUGAGGUUUGGACUCUGCUCUCUCCCACCCUCUCAUUGGGUUCAGCGCCUCUCAAGGUGUGAUCCAGUGUCUCAGGGACUCGGCUGGGCUGGCUCCAGGCUGGAAGCAUCAUCUGCUGAAGCUCCUGCUGCUGUUUGGCUCCCUCCCUGCUGUGGGUGUCAAUGGGGCUUCAAUGAUGGGAAGAGUGGUGGCAAUGGAAGCACUCCUGAUCCAAGAAGCAACUGUGAUGUCGGAGCACUUCACAGGGGUAUUUCCAGCCCACACUGGUGUGGUUGGAAGGAAAAUGCUCCUUAGUGGAGGGUCUUGAAGGGGGUUUAUGUGAUCUCAAGGACAGAUCCCUCCCUUAGGAUGUGUUGCACUGGGAGAAGGUGACUGAGAAGAGCCUCUUGCCCUUCCAUGCAGUUGGUGAUCUGAGGCCUGGAAGGGACUUGGGUCUGAGGCCCACACGGGGCUUUUGGUGGCACUAGAAAUGCACCAAAAAGUGGUUUUUCAGCUCUUUUGUCACUAAAGCAGUUUUGUAUAAAUCAGGAACAAGUUUGUUUCUUCUUAUGUGA